UCCUUUUAAAGUUAGCGCUGAGCAUGGUGUUGCUUGUGAUAGGCUGAGGCUGACGAAGAAAGGAGCUUGCCUUGUUCAGAUUAGCAGUGCCGCUGGAGAGUUCACUCAUCGUUUGCUAGCUCCAGCCAAAACGUGACCGCGAGCGUUUUUUAUUUUAUUUAUUCCGUUCCAACAUGUUAUGCUUUUUGAGCAAGAUGUAGCUUACGUCAGAACAUGAACAUUCACUCAAAAUACAUGAGUUUUUUCAGAGGGUCGAGCAUGCGUAAGGACGUGGUCUUCUACGGAUGGAAGUUAUUGUUGUGAAUUGUUUAUGACUAUGCUAUGGCGAAGUAACAUUUUAUUUCGCCUUUCUGCGUUCUUCGUGGACAAGUGGUUUGGAAUUUAUUGACUAGCCUACAUGUACUGACCGACAAGCCCUCGAAAGGAGAACUGAAGAGUGGAUUCUGUCUAUCAAGCGAGCUAACUACGGACCGGGGAUUUAAAUCGUUUUGGCUUGCCCCAGGAAAAAAAGAAAGGGGGAAAGAAAUUCAUGUGGCAAUUCUCUCUUUAGCGAAAACGGUUGGAUCGCAGAAUGAGCAAAGAAAGACCUAAAAGGAAUAUCAUCCAAAAGAGAUACGUUACUCCACGAGCCAAAAUGAAGGGUCACCAGCAUUGCCCAGUCACAUGGCGUACUUCGGGAGCUCUCAGGAGGCAGACGAUCUGGACAGCGAUGACGAGUGCGAGGAGGUGGAGCUUGACCCCUGUGUGGCGUCCGUGUCCUGCCAGUCGACACCGAGGAAGGGAAAACUGCCGAGCAAGCUCAAUGGACAUGUGUUCAACGGCCACGGCAAGAGCCAGCGGGAGAGGGAGGCGCUGGCCCCCCCCACGGCGCGCUCGCGGGGCCGGGACUGCUCAGGGGGACGGGAGCGCAGCGAGAGGGCCGAGCGGAGGGACAGGGACGCCGCCGCCGCCACCCCCCAGCACGUCGGCGUCACGGCCAGGACCCCCAGCACCAACGCCACCGCCAACGGCGUCGCACACCGCAAAGACGAGCUCCGCAAGCAGGUGUCGAAAGUGAACGGGGUGACCCGCUCUGCCCAAGGGGGCGCACACAUGGCUGGUGCCAAAAAAGCGAAAGACUUCCGACUGCCGUCCAAAACUGUGAAGUACACAGCCACCGUGACCAAGGGCCACGUCACCUACACCAAAGCCAAGCGGGACCUGGUGAAGAAAACCAAACUGAACCACAGCAAACACUCAUCUUCGUCGUCAUCUUCGUCGUCGUCAUCGUCGUCGUCCUCCUCGCCCCUGCCCUCGUCCGCCGCUGCCCUGCGUCUGCACACAAACAAUCAGCCUCAGCCCCCCCUCUCAGGAAAAGCCCAAAGUAGCAAUGCAAAAACACGGAAACAGGUGCUCGCGUCCAACGGGCUGCAGUCCCAGCCUCCGGCCAGCGGCGGCGCCGUCAGGCUCAACGGCCGGCUCAACGGGCAGCUCGGCGCCAAGGACGAGAGGGGCCACGGGCGCGAGGGCCUGCGCCACUCCAAGAGGCGCCUGGAGGCCGCGGCAUCGUCGGGAGGUCCCCCGCCACGGGAGCGCGCCUCUGUGCCCUCCGAGCCGCCGUCGGUGACCGCCACGGCGCCCUCUUUAGGGCCGGAGGAGCCGCGCGGCCUCUCCCCGUCCCCGUCCGCCGAUACAGCCAAGAAGCUGAAGCUGCAGCCGAGCCCGCUGGAGACCCGCAGCCGCAAGGCCGUCUCUGCGACCGCGCUGCCCAGCGGAGGGGGCGCGUCGGCGGCCACGGCAGCCCCGGUGACGCCCCCUCAGGCGGUGGAGCCCCCUCAGCCCGCGCCCCCUCCGCCCGCCACCGCCACCCCCACGGCACCCACGCCGGCCGCGCACCCCCGCACCCAGCCCGAGCGCCAGCGGCCCAAGCGGGCGUCCGCCGGCAAGCUGAUGCUCCUGCGCCAGGCCCAGCAGCGGGCCUCGCUGGCAUCAGCCGCCGCCCACCACCACCACCGCUCCACCUCUACCUCAGCCGGCGACCCGCGCGGCGACCGCGACCGCGAGAGGGAGAAGGAGCGCGAGCGCGAGCGCGAACGGGAACGCGAGCGGGAGCGCGAGAGGACCCGCGCCGGCCUGGCGGCGCUGCCCGAGGCGGCCGUCUUGCGCCCGGGCCCGCGCGAGUUCCAGGACCCGCUGGUGUACCUGGACGCGGCGCGCGAGCGGGCCGAGCCCUCGGGCCUGUGCCGCGUGGUGCCGCCGGCCGACUGGCGGCCCGAGUGCAAGCUCAACGACGAGAUGCGCUUCGUCACGCAGGUGCAGCGCGUGCACAAGCUGGGCCGGCGCUGGGGGCCCAACGAGCAGCGGCUGGCCUGCAUCAAGAGACACCUCCGAUCUCAGGGCAUCCACAUGGACGAGCCGCCCAUCAUAGGUGGCUGUGAGGUGGACCUGGCGCGCUUCUUCCAGCUGAUCAACGACAUGGGCGGCAUGCAGCAGGUGAUGGACCUGAAGAAGUGGAGCCGGCUGGCCGACCUGCUGCGCAUCCCGCGCUCGGCCCAGGACCGGCUGGCCAAGCUGCAGGAGGCCUACCUGCAGUACCUGCUCUCCUACGACUCGCUCGCCGCCGACGAGCGCCUGGCCCUCGAGCGCGCCGUGCUCGCCGAGAAGGAGGCGCUGGAGCGCCGGCGAGGCCCGCUGGAGGGCCAGCUGGACCCCGCGCCGGCACUGGCCCUGGCCCGGUACGAGCCCAAGAACGGCCUCCUGCCGGCGAUGGGCACGCCGCGCAACGGCUUCCGCGUGGCCACCGGCAAGGAGUCGGACUCGUCCCCGGUCAAGGCCGGACGCCGGAGGCUAUUUGCUCAGGAAAAAAGGGAUGCCGUACCAGACGGAGAAAAGAAAGAGCAGGAGGAGGAGGAGGAGGAGGAGGAGGAGGAGGAGGAGGAAGGGGGGAACAAAGGAGUUCUCAGCGAACAGCACAAGUGUGUGUACAAGGGAAAAUCAGUUUCGUUGACGACCUUCUACAGAAUAGCCAGGAACACCAUGAACAUGUGCUUUAACAAGGAGCCAGCUGCGAGUGAAGUGGAGCAAGAGUACUGGCGGAUAGUGGAGCAGAGGGAUUGCCACGUGGCGGUGCAUUAUGGGAAGGUGGACACCAACACCCACGGAAGCGGCUUCCCUGUGGGAAAAUCAGAGCCAUUUUCAAAGCAUGGAUGGAACCUUACAGUCCUUCCCAAUAACUCUGGGUCCAUCCUGCGACAUCUAGGUGCUGUACCAGGGGUGACUAUUCCCUGGCUGAACAUUGGCAUGGUCUUUUCUACCUCAUGCUGGUCUCGAGACCAAAACCGCCUUCCAUACAUUGAUUACUUACACACUGGUGCUGACUGCAUUUGGUAUUCUGUUCCUGCUGAGGAGAAGACAAAGCUUGAUAAGGUGGUGCACAGACUUCUGCAGGCCAAUGGCACUCCAGGUCUAGAGAUGCUGGAGAGAAACGUCAUGAUCUCUCCAGAGGUGCUAUCCCGUGAGGGCAUCCGGGUGCACCGGACGGUCCAGCAAAGUGGUCAGUUCGUCGUCUGCUUCCCCGGAACAUUUGUCUCCAAAGUGUGUUGUGGCUACAGUGUCUCUGAAACGGUGCACUUUGCCACCCCCCAGUGGAUGAACCUGGGAUAUGAGACUGCCAAGGAUCUGAAAUGCCGGCGCAUCGCCAAACCUUUCUCCAUGGAGAAGCUUCUCUACCAGAUCGCCACAGCUGAGGCCAAGCGUGAGAAUGGGGUUCUCCUCAGUACAAUCUCCACUCCUCUCAAAGAUCUCAGGAACGUAGAGAUGCGGCAGCGGAAGGAACUCUACGAGGCUGGGCUCCUGUCCUCCGCCCGCUACGGUACACCGGACAACAACCAGUCGCCCGGCGACAGCCGCAAGAAGCCCCGCAAGUGGCUGGCCCUGGAGUCAUCAGAGCGGCGCUGCCAAACCUGCCAGCACCUGUGCUACCUGUCCAUGGUGGUGCAGGAGAAUGAGAAUGUGGUCUUCUGUCUGGAGUGUGCUCUGGACUAUGUGGAAAAGUACAAGUCGUGCCGUGGCCUGAAAAUGAUGUACCGCUACGAUGAGGAGCAAAUCAACAGUCUGGUGAAUCAGGUAUGUGGGAAGGCUAUGGUGAAGAGCUCCGACAACUGCAACAGCCCCCCGGGGUCUGGCAAGGCAGGGGCCAAGCGGGGUCCUCGGAAGCGCGCCACCACCGUCGAGGUGUCCCUGUCGCGCCUGUCCCCCAGCACCCCCACACCUCCCAGUGCCACACACCUGCCCAAAAACAACACACACCUCCCCAAGAGCACCGCGCUUGUGUCCUGAGCAGGCGCCAUGUUGCUUUUAUUUAAAAAAAGACACUCUGUUACUCUGAAAUCCAAAUGUCCCUUUUUGAUGGCUCAGUUUUUCUCAUGUUUUUUAUUACAGUACUCCCCCCCCCCCCCCUUCCCCAGACACACAUACACCUCCCCAAUAGUAGGGCAUAGUCUUGCUGAUUUUAUUUUUUUCGUUUGUUUGUUUAUUUUCCUUAUCUGGAAUUAGCAAGCUGCCUUUUCUUUGCACUAGUGUGAAAGAUGUUUUUGGAAAGUUUUUUUUUUUUUUCUCUCUCUCUAAAGAUGCUUUAUUUAGAUGAGUUUAGCAUUAAGUGUCCUGGUCACAGUUCUACAUCCCAUCCCGGCUCCCCCCCAGCCCUAACCCUUCCCUAACCCUUCCCUAACCCUUCCCCAACCCUUCCCUAACCCUUACCCAGCCCCAUAGACUGCAGAUACACUCAACCAGAACUGUGAUCCUUGGCACGUGAAAAAGGUGCUCUUUUCCUCCUCUUCCAGUAUGACCGAAAUCGACUCAAAGAAUCACAGAUGUCUGUCUUUCACUCGCGUUCUCUCCUCCUCUCCCUUUGUAAACUUCCUGUUUGAAUUGAUGUGUACGUUUGGACUUGUUCGCUUUCCCAUUCGCUGAGGAGCUCCUCGCUGUAGUUGGCCGAAUGGGAACUGGGUAAAGUAGGAUUCCAGCCAGCUGAGAUGAAACUU